UGUUUAUUUAUGUUAGGUGUUCUAAUAUCAUAUUAGAUGAUGUUAUUGUUAAUGUCUACUUUUCUUUUUUAAAUUGCAGCAAAAUUAAAAUGGUAAUAGAGCUGCUUGAGGGCAUUCAUUUUGUUUCUUCUGUGGAGGCCAUUUCUCUUGGUGCCCAAGCUGGUAUUCAUCCAUGGAUAAUUUAUGACAUUAUUUCUAAUGCUGCUGGAAAUUCAUGUUUGCUGAUCUGCUAUUCUUCUGGUGCUGCUGUGAUGUUGCUGCUGUUGCUGAGAUGCUGUGGUGAUGCUGCUGUGAUGGUGUUUGUUACGAUGAGGUGCUGCUAUGUUAUUGUUGGAUGUUUGCUGGUGUUGUUGAUGUUUGGAAGGGUGCAGGACUUUUUGUCCAAUCUGUAAUAGAUCAGGUUUUCAUUAAUGGGGGUUGUCAUUAGGUGUA